AUGCAAGAGCAAAGCCAGAAAAAGCGCAAGAGCACAGAUAAGGCUCAAGACCACGGCGUUUACAAACAUAAGCACCCUCGCAUAUCAAGCAACCGCAAAGAAGCCAUCGACACCCAUGCACCCAUCAGACGUUACCUAACCGAGAAAAUCCUACGAAAGCAUCGCCACAAAGCAUACGAAUUAUACGCCGCACAGAGACCAAAAGAGCCGAGGUGGAGGCCAAAAAUGCACGUAACCAAGUUCCUCCGCACAUGCUCACAGGCCACAAUACUUGAGAUACAGAAGUUUGCGAGGGGUGGAGGGCCAGAUUGCUCUGAUAUUCGCGGGCGGUCUUCGCCAGGCUACGCCAUGGAGCAUACGCAGUCGAUCACUGCGCGGGCGUUGGUGUCUUACGGCCCGUACAGCAAGGGAGGAUGGAAGUUGAAAGAGAAACUCGCACUCCGACCGCUUUGGGACAACGAGCUGCUGGUCGAAGUUGUUGCUUCCGGAAUUUGCCAGACGGACCUACAUUUCGCAGGCAUGGAUGAUGGUUUUGGCGUGCAUUAUCCACGGGAUCCGGAUACGUCCGACAAGUCGGGCGCAAAGUCACCGCUGCAAAAGCCAACGACCCCGUACUAUUAUCAUUUUCAUCCUGCAAAGUCUGCGAGUGCUGCCGCAGAGGACACCCAGCACACUGUCACGAUUUCGACUUCAUCAACUUCGUGGCCAGCCCGGAUAGCUAAGUGUUCAGGGAUGAUGGACAGGGACCUACCGGCACAGACUGCCAGCCAGACAUUAUGGACAGUUUUUCGGACAAUCAAGCUUCUCGAGUUGGUCGAUUGCUGCGGAAUCCAGACUGGGGCUGGAGCAGUCAUUAACGCGGCUCAGGCACACCCUGAAGAUCGUGUCGCUGUCAUUGGCCUAGGAGGGGUAGGCCUUAGUGCAGUAAUGGGUGCGCGGAUUGCUGGGUGUACUCAGAUUAUCGCCAUUGCCCGAAAUGAAGCUCGCCUAAAGCUCGCUCUAGACCUAGGCGCGACUGACGUCGUCCGUAUAGACCCCGCGAAGGGUUUGGGAGCCGUGACGGAGGCGGUCCACGAGAUUACAGCUGGUCUCGGUGCAAAUAUCACCCUCGAUACCACAGGGGUGCCCGUAUUGGUUGCUGAGGCAGUGCGGAUGACAGCUUUCAAGGGAACUAUUCUCCAGCUGGGGACCGCGCCGGUCACAAGCACGCUGGAGAUCCCAAUCCACGAGUUCAUGGUUUCGGGGAAGCGAUUCCAGGGAGUAGUGGAAGGGGAUGUGAAUUCCCAAGAGUUCGUGCCAACAAUGGUCGAUUGGGUGAGAAGCGGCCUGUUGCCUCUGCAGAAGAUGGUUGGCUUUUAUCAGGCGGGUGAUUUUGAGGAUGCGAUACGGGAUAUGCACAGUGGGAAGACAAUCAAACCUGUCCUACUGUGGUAG